UUUCGGCCACUGUGGCCCGUCUCAGUUUAUACAGUUGAAAGCGCUUGGUCAUAAUCUUUUCAUACAUUUGGGUCUUCUAUAUAAACUCGGUUGUUGCACUCCGUCUUUUCAAAGAGCGUCGUUAAGAACACUCAGCGUCACGCAACAGCAGCUUUGUGAAGCCACUGCAGGUAUUCCGCCGGACAAUCGACCUUAUUGCAAGCUAGAUGAAGUGACGCGCUGAUGAGUGGACCAGCAUUUAGUGAUCAACUCGAUACCAGGAAAUGUAUAGAAAACUGAGACCCUAUGUCAUGUCGGAGAGGACACAUGGCCUAUGAGGUCCACGCUUGCGUUUGCAAAAGAUUCGGGCGUCCACUGAGGACUAUGACUCAGAGCAUGUAGAGAGUCAAACACGUCCUGGAAAACUCUCACAAUGCCGGCCCAUACAGAAGACCUUGUGGAGAAACUUCAUGGUGUCCCGAACCCAAUUAGAGGGUCGACUGAAGUGGAGACUACAGAGGAAGACGAAUGCACAUCCCUGAUCCAAAAUGAAGGCAAGUCCCGCAUGUGGUCACCUCCACUCAGGUGGUAUGUUCCCGUGGAGCCGGUCGCAUUUGGAUACAUAUGCUGCAUUGUAAUGACUCUGCCCCUCAUACAAUUCUACAUGUACGACAAAAUAGCAGAAGGCUAUGGCGGAGUCAACAAAACCACGGCCGAUCCAUGCAGUCCAGGGGCAGAUAAUUCGUCCGACGCAAAACUCGAGGCCAAGAUACAGAGCAAAGCUGCUGAUUAUACUAUAUUCCUCAUCUUUACCUCAACAUUCCCUGGAAUCCUCCAAACAAUCCUUCUUGGGUCCUUGUCUGAUAGAUAUGGCAGGAAACUGUCAAUGCUUUUGCCCAUUUCUGGACUUCUAUCCAAACUGAUCGUGUAUGUCUUCGUGUUUGAACUGGACCUACCUCUCGGAUAUCUGUUCAUAGGCAAUGCAAUCGAGGGCUUCUCGGGUGGAUUUGGGACGAUGUUAACGGCAAUAUUUGGAUGUGCAGCCGACAUUACACCCGUGGGAUCCAAGCGAGGAUUCAGGAUGGCUGUAAUCCAGGCAGUGAUGAGCUUGGGCUCAGCAUCGGGAUCUUUAGUUGCAGGAAUAUGGACAGAGGAGGAUAACUUUAAACAGCCGUUAUACUUUUUGAUCGCACUAUCUAGUGCAACUCUCCUCUUUACAAUAUUUAUAUUUCCAGAAACGCGUAGAGAUCUACCCAAAGGAAGCCUUACAGUCAAGGAACAUUUCAAAUUAUUGAAAAGAAGCAUACAGUUUUAUACCAAAGACACUCCGGAUAAAAGGCGGUGGAAAUUGAUAGUGUCUUUAAUGACUUUCUUUACGUCCUUCUCCGUGGAGCUCAUCAAGGCCACGGUGCUGACAUUGUACCUCCUGGCCACGCCCUUCUGCUGGGGUAAGAUCCAAAUCACCGGCUAUACUGCCGCGAGGACCAUCAUCGACUGGAUCUGCAUACUUGGACUAACGUACUUCCUUUUGCGCCGAUUUUCGGAAGUCACCAUCGCAAUUAUCGGAUGUGUUUCCAACGUAUUGUUCCUCGCUCUCUUAGGAUGCGCUCAGAGUAGUGUCCUCGUCAUCGUAGCGGCUGCGUUUGGGAUCUUCAGUGAAGCAGCACCUGCUAUGAUGCGGUCAGUGAUGUCAAAACUCGUCUCACCUGAUGAACAAGGGGCGAUGUUCGCGUCUGUCAGUACGAUGGAGAUGGUGGCGUCGACAGUUCUCGGUAUCGCGGCUACUGUAAUCUACAAGGCGUCACUCUCGUUUUUCCCCGGCCUCAUCUUCGUCAUUCUCGCCGGUGUCAUCUUCAUCACUGUGCUGAUGCUGGGGGCACUGAGCUACAGUCUGAAGAAAAGUUCCUCUCAACUGUCGCAAACUAUUACGGUGACAGUGGAUUAGCCAAUCACAGGCCAGUGCCUACCACUUGCCCAAUCGGAGAUGAAAGUACAUUAUUAUCCAAUGAGAGACAGAGACAAACUCCAAUCGGAAAAGAGAAGGGAGAGGCAAGGUUGUUAAGAGCAUGUUAACAAUCGAUAUUCAGUAACAAACAUUAUCAGACUAGACAUUGCAGCCGCCGCCUGAAUUCACAACCAAA